AUUGUAGCGACAGCGCCUGAUUAUGACUUUUAUUUUGGUUUGGUCGCAUGACGUCACAUAAAUUCGCCCCGCUCCUGAUUCUGUUGUGAUUCUGGCAUAAGAAAGACAGGUAACCUCCCUGAGAAACAACUGAGAUCAACUUGACAUACUAUUAUAAAGAUGGCGUUUAUUAAAGAGGAGGUAGAAGACAUGAAGAUCGAGGAAGCAGUCCAAGUGAAACAUGAAGAUACAGAAGAACAAACAGGCCUGUUAGUGCUGAAAGAGGAGGGUCAAGAACUGAAUGAAACAGAAGAGAAAGAUGAGAAGCAUCUUGAUUUUAUGAUUGGAGGAAAAUCCCCACAUACUAAAGAUACUUCCUCAAGAGAAAGAGCUCAAAAGAAGGCAACUAGGAGUUAUUUCACCUGCGUUCAGUGUGGUAAGAGUUUCAAUCAACAUGGAAACCUUGAAGUACACAUGAGAAUUCACAAUGAAGAGAGCUCUUUCACCUGCCAACAGUGUGAAAAGAGUUUUACUGAGAAAGGAAAUCUCAAAAGCCAUAUGAGAAUUCACUCUGGAAAGAGAGAGAAGCCUUUCACAUGUGGACUGUGUGGAAAAAGCUUCAUACGAGAACUAAACCUUAGAUAUCACAUGAACAAUCACACAGGAGAGAAGCCGUUCACAUGUGAUCAGUGUGAAAAGAGUUUCACACGUAAAAUAGGUCUUAAUAGCCACAUGAGAAUUCAUUCAAGAAAAUUUUUUUUUAAAUGUAACCAGUGUGGAAUGAGUUUCCCAGACAUGGAUCAUCUUAAAAGGCAUGUAAUAAUUCACUCUGGAGAGAGGCCUUUCACAUGCAAGCAGUGUGGAAAGGGUUUCAAAUUCAAUAGAAACCUUAAGACGCACAUGAGAAUUCACACCGGAGAGAAGCCUUUCAUGUGCCAUUACUGUGGAAAGUGUUUCGGUCAUAAUGUAAGCCUUAAGACUCACUUAAGACUUCACACGGGAGAGAAGCCUUACACAUGCUCUUUGUGCAGUAAGAGUUUCACAUACAAAUCAACCCUCAAUGCCCACAUGAGAACUCACACUGGAGAGUGCCCUUUCACAUGCAAACUGUGUGGGAAGAGCUUCUCACAAAAAGGAAAUCUACAGACUCACAUGAGAAUUCAUACUGGGGAGAAGCCGUUCUUGUGUGGUCAGUGUGGAAAGAAUUUCAGAUGUAAAGUAACGCUUAUUUACCAUAUGAGGAUUCAUUCAAGAGAGAACAGUUUUAAAUGUCAGCAGUGUGGAACAAAGUUUACAGACAGUAAACACCUUAAAGAUCAUGUAAUAACUCACAUCGGAGAGAAGAUUUUCAUUUGCCAUCACUGUGGGAAGUGUUUCAAACUUAAAGGAAACCUGAAGACUCACAUGAGACUUCACACGGGAGAAAAGCCAUUCACAUGCAAACAGUGUGGAAAGAGUUUCAGACAUAAUGUAAGCCUCCAGACUCACACAAGACUUCACACUGGAGAAAAGCCAUUCUCAUGUUUUGAGUGUGAGGACAGUUUCACAUACCAAAGAGAUCUGAAGCGCCAUUUACAAACUCAUUCUGUAGAGAAACUGCAGUCUGACAAGAAGUUCACAAAAAAGAGCCAUUUAAAAUAUCCCCUGCCCAUUCACCCUGGAAGAAGGCGACUUAAUUGUGAUCAGUGUAAUAAAACAUUUCUUUUGCCAUCUCUCUUAAAGAUACACCUGAAAAGUCAUGCAGAUUUAAGACCCUAUUUGUGUUUCUUGUGUGGAAAGAGUUUUAAAUGGCUCCGAAAUUUUAAAUGGCACCAGAAAAUACGUGUCUGUAUGAAAUCAAGGCUUUUUUCUGCUCAAAAAUGAUUCCUUUCCUGUCGUUUCAAAUGUUGAUCAGCUAUGGUAGGCCACUGUAAAAAAUUAAAAAGUUGAGUUAUCUUAAAAUAAUAAGGUAAUUUGCUGCAAAGCAAUUUUGAGUUUACUUAACUUCUGUAAUUAAAGUUUUGCAAAAUCAUUGUAGAAAGUUGAUUGAAACUGCUAGCUUAAGUUAGGUAUACCUUCCUCAGUAAGUACAUCUGACUAGACAUCCUGAGUUUGUUUAAAGUUAAAAAGGGGGUUAAGUGAACUUUAAGAAAUGAGAAGGGAAAACUCCAGAUCCCCAUCUUCAUCCCUUUUGUGUAAGUAUCUUCUGGGUCUGUGUCCUGGAGCAAAAAAAACAAAACAACAAAGACAGAAUCAAAAUCCAUUUUUUAAUUAAUUUAAUUAUGCUUGACAACAAAGAGUUUUUUAUAUUGUUUGGUCAUUUUACAUCGUGUUUGCUUGGAUAUAACACUUUUUUUUAAUUUGUGCUGUCACUGAGAAUGAUUCAACUUGGAUUAUUCAAUAAAUACAUUUUUCACA